CCAUCAACAGCAACUGUAGUGGUCCAGAAGUCGUUAAGGAUGUGGCGAAUUGUAGUAGUGUGUUUGAUGUUGCUGGUCCUAACGGAUCUCUGCACGGCACAGCGUGUGCGUCGAAGGCAUCCACACUAUCCAAAGUUUGAAAUUUUAUGGCCUCUGCAUUGGGUCAGUGCGGCGUACGUGUGGGGCUUUCUGAAGCUGGGAGCCAUAUUCGCUGGCCUAAUGCUACUGUUUGUCUUUCGCCAUCUGGCCUGGUGGAACAGUACACCAACGUACCUCGGCCAUGAUGCUCCUGUGUAUCAUUUUAGAGGUUUCAGUACUAACAGGGGCGAUGGUGUCACAACGAACAACGAAUACAGCAACGACGAGGUGCUCUAUUGGACUGAUAAGAUUGAAAGGGCUGCUCGACUGUUUGGAGAAGUGAAAUAA